AUGUCCAACCCAAAAGCCUUCACUCUUACAUUCACAGGCGACGUAAUGCUCGGCCGCCUGCUCGACCAACUAAUGCCAGAGCACGUCACCAACCAGCACGACGAACGCAUCGCCACAACCUUUAUAAAAGCCCAUCCAACCCUCCUCGAAAAAGGAAACUACACACCCUCCUCGCCAUGGGGAACAGCCCUUCCCCUCCUCCAGUCCUCCACCCUAGCAUGCAUCAACCUCGAAACCGCGGUAACAACAGCCCCAAUCCCAUGGCCCAACAAGGUAUUCAACUACCGCAUGCACCCAGCAAACCUAGGCCCCAUUCUGCACGCCGGCGGUAUCGACUACGCCAGUCUCGCGAAUAACCACACCCUCGACUUCGACACCGAGGGUCUCACAGAGACCGUGCAAACACUGCAAGCGGCGAACGUCGCUUACGCAGGGGCGGGUGAAACAGCCGAUGAUGCACGCAAGCCUGCAGUGCUACAUUUACCCAGGGCCUCGGAGCCCGUAGACGAAGGCCAGCAACACCGCUACGCGGUGCAUAUAUACUCGGCCUCUGACCACCCGCGCGUGUGGGCCAGCGUGCCGGGAUUCAAUCUGUUCGAUUACACGCGUGACACACGCGCUCGGCUGCGAGAAAUGCUUGUUGAUUCUGAGGAGAGCAAGCCUGCGUUGAAGGUCUUUUCGGUUCACUGGGGACCGAAUUAUGCAUGGCAGCCGGAUGGAAAGAUUACGUCUCUGGCGCAUUUCUUGAUCGAUGAGUGUGGGGUGGAUAUUGUCCAUGGGCACUCGUCGCAUCAUAUCCAGGGGGUCGAGGUUUAUCAUGGGAAGCUUGUUAUCUACGGCUGUGGGGACUUUGUGGAUGAUUAUGCCCUGGAUGAGGAGUAUAGAAAUGAUCUUGGGGCUUUAUGGAGGGUUGUUGUGAGGGAGAAGAGUGGUGGUGGGCUUGGAUUGGAGAGAUUGGAGAUAUUCCCUACGCGUGUUGAGCGGUUUAGGGCUAUGUUGUUGGAUUCUAGAGAUGCGGAUCAUGUGUGGGUGAGGCAGAGGAUUCGUGAGCUCAGUGGGGAGUUGGGGACAACUGUGAGGGCAGGGCUUGGGGAUGAGGGGGAGGUUAUUAUUGAGUUGUCUGGAGAGUAG